AGGAAGAGCAACUCAUCCCUAUGGUUAAAGACAUUCUUCGUGAGUGGGGAUUUCCAGUAUGGCCUGUCAUGAGACCGACGGAACUUCCUUAUAUAAACUACGCGGAGCUACUCGAGGGCAACGUCUCUGUGGCCAUUUUUUGCCGUUGAUGUCGGUCAAGAUCUUAACGACACAAACCGUUUCAUCAUACAGUUAGAUGAACUGCCAUUACCUCUUUUGGGCAGAGAGCAGCUUCUAUACCCAAGUGCUACAGAUUUCAACAAACGCAUUGUGCAUGCAUACUUGUUGCUUAUUGCCACAGCUGUAGUUGUUCUGAAUCCAAAUGCUACUGUAUACGACGCUUGGAUUAUCGCUGAAAGAAUCUUCGUGUUUGAAGCCCGCCUUGCUUCGAUGACAGCGAACCCGGAUGAAAGACGAGACAUCAAUGCGCUUUACCAAAAAACCACCAUCGGUGACCUGAUGAAAGAAGUGCCGAACAUACCAGUUUUGCCAUGCUUAAACCGUACGUUUUCGCUGGUGAACAUAACGCUGAACGAGACAGAGGAAGUCGCAAUAUUCGGGAUGUCCUACUUCAAGAAGGCCAACGAUUUUUUUGGUUGCAUAUACGACCUAACGGACAUGUAUAACCUCGCCGGUUGGAGACGCAUCUUCCAGCUUCUACUGCUGACGUCGCAGAGAUUCGCAACUGCUUGGCAGCAUCUACUACAAAUCGCGCAGGGCGUGCAAAAGCAAACACCGCAUUGGCAGUAUUGUCUUGGAAAAGUCACGGGCGCGAUGCCUUUCGUGAUCGGCCGAAUGUAUGUCGAGAAGAACUUCAACGUUUCAGCGAAAAACGACGUGGAAGCGAUGAUAAAAAAUAUAACAACGACCUUCAAAAAGUCACUUUCUUCGAGACCGUGGAUGACCGGCGACACAAAUGAAACAGCGCUCAAGAAGUUGGAGAAAAUGACAAACAAGAUCGGAUUUCCACCGUGGAUUCUGAAUGACACCAUUAUGGAAAGCAAGUUUCAAUACGUUCAGCCGUUCAACAUAAGCACACCAUUCUUUAAAAUUGUAUUAUUCUUUCAAGAAAAUGCUGCCAUUGGGACGCUGCUCUUACUUAGGAGGAAGCCAGACAGGCAGAACAGGCACCUGGCUCACCGCACCUGCAGUGGUAAACGCCUUCUACAGCCCUACGACGAAUGA